CAGAUAAUGUUAUUUAUAUCGCCGGCUGGCAGGGCGGCUCCGCUCCGCGCUCCCAGGACCACACCAGCCCCCUUGGGGCUCUGUCUCGCCGCUGCCUAGCGCCCGAUGCUCCUGCCGCCGCCGCCGCCCUAGCCAGCUGAGUACACAAUUGGAUACUGUGGCCAAAUUGAUGGGUAUCUCUCCCCACCCCCCUCAUGUAAUCAACCUUUAGUAUGCAUUUUAACUGCUCAAACAAAGACAGAAGUCCCCCUGGAAAGAAAGAGAAGCUUUUCUUGCUCUCACCUAUGCAACAGAAGCAGCUUAUGAAAUUGGAAGAACAACAUAAUUUCCCUAAUUUUGGGGAUUUUUUUCUGAAGGGCCUUUAAAACAAGAACAGCAGCAAAACGUCCAGAACAUGACAUCAGCCACUGAUUUUGAUCAUUUGGAGAUUCAGCAGCAGUAUAGCCGGGUCAACGCUCGCUGGGAACCCUCUGAUGAUGAGCUGGACAAUGAUAAUAGUUCUGCCAGGCUCUUUGAGCGAUCCCGGAUCAAAGCUUUGGCAGAUGAACGGGAAGCUGUACAGAAGAAAACCUUUACCAAAUGGGUAAAUUCCCACUUAGCACGUGUGACCUGUCGAAUAUCUGAUCUCUACAUGGACUUGAGAGAUGGGCGGAUGCUAAUCAAGCUGCUGGAGGUGCUUUCAGGAGAGCUGCUGCCCAAACCCACCAAGGGGCGCAUGCGAAUCCACUGCCUGGAAAAUGUAGACAAGGCCCUGCAGUUCCUGAAGGAGCAGCGUGUACAUCUGGAGAAUAUGGGAUCUCAUGACAUUGUUGAUGGCAAUCACCGUCUAGUGCUAGGCCUCAUCUGGACAAUCAUCCUGCGCUUCCAAAUCCAGGACAUCAUUGUUCAGACUCAAGAAGGCCGGGAGACCCGUUCUGCAAAGGAUGCAUUGUUACUCUGGUGUCAAAUGAAGACUGCAGGCUAUCCUCAUGUUAAUGUCACCAAUUUCACCUCCAGCUGGAAGGAUGGCUUGGCUUUCAGUGCUCUUAUUCACAAACACAGGCCUGAACUGAUUGACUUUGAGAAACUGAAGCACUCAAAUGCCAGGCACAAUUUGGAGCAAGCAUUCAGUGUGGCAGAGCAGAAACUUGGCAUCACGCAGCUUCUUGACCCAGAAGAUGUCUUUACAGAGAAUCCAGAUGAGAAAUCCAUCAUCACCUACGUAGUUGCAUUCUACCACUACUUCUCUAAGAUGAAGGUGCUUGCUGUGGAAGGAAAAAGAGUUGGAAAGGUAAUGGAUCAUGCAAUGGAGACUGAAAAGAUGAUCGAUAAGUACAGUGGCUUGGCUUCACACCUGCUGACGUGGAUAGAACAGACCAUCACCAGCCUCAACAGUCGCAAGUUUGCUAAUUGUCUGGCAGGCGUGCAGCAGCAACUCCAGUCCUUCAGUACAUACCGCACAGUGGAAAAACCUCCCAAAUUUCAGGAGAAGGGGAACCUGGAAGUCCUGCUGUUUACCAUCCAGUCACGAAUGAGGGCCAACAAUCAGAGAGUGUAUACUCCCAAUGAAGGAAAGCUAGUGUCUGAUAUCAACAGGGCCUGGGAGAAGCUGGAGAAGGCAGAGCAUGAACGGGAAUUGGCACUGAGAAACGAGCUUAUUAGGCAGGAGAAGCUGGAACAGCUUGCCCGGCGCUUUGAUCGCAAGGCAGCGAUGCGGGAGACAUGGCUUAGUGAAAACCAGCGCCUGGUUGCACAGGAUAACUUUGGAAAUGACUUGCCAGCUGUGGAGGCAGCAAUGAAGAAGCACGAAGCCAUUGAAACUGACACUGCUGCCUACAAGGAACGUGUCCAAGCCAUAAAAGAGGUGGCCAAAGAGUUGGAGAAGGAGAAUUACCAUGACAUCAAGCGCAUCAAUGCUCGGAAGGACAAUAUACUGAGGCUCUGGAAGUACUUGCUGGAACUGCUGCGGGCCCGUCGCCAGCGGCUGGAGACAAAUCUUACACUGCAGCAGCUGUUUCAAAACAUGCUGUACAGUAUUGAUUGGAUAGACGAGAUGAAAGUAAAAAUGUCAUCUCCUGAACUUGGAAAGCACCUGUUGGAAGUGGAUGACCUCCUUCAGAAGCAUAAGCUCAUGGAGGCUGACAUGGCUAUCCAGGCUAAGAAAGUCCAUGAAUUCAAUGCAGCUGCUCUUAAAUUUGCCAAAGGAGAUGGCUAUCGGCCUUGUGACCCAAAGAUGAUACGAGAACGAGUGAACCAUUUAGAGGAGUGCCAUCAAGCGCUAGUGGCUUUAGCUGCAAAGAGAAAAGCUUGCCUGGAGCAGUCUAAGCGUCUUUGGAAGUUCUUUUGGGAAUUGGAUGAAGCUGAAAGCUGGAUCAAGGAGAAAGAGCAGAUCUAUUCUGCUCUGGAUUAUGGAAAAGAUCUGACCAGCAUUCUCAUUCUGCAGAGAAAGCACAAGGCUUUUGAGGAUGAGUUACGUGGCCUGGGAACCCACCUGCAGCAAACCAUCAAAGAGGGAGAAGCUCUGAUUGCUCAGAAGCAUUUUGAAGCACCCAAAAUCCGCAGUAGGAUUGAGGAUGUGAAAGCCCUCUGGGCGCAGCUGCAGGAAUUGGCAGCUUUCCGCAAGAAAACCUUGCAUGAUACUGAGAGUUUUUUCCAGUUUCAGGUUGAUGCAGAUGACUUGAUGGCUUGGCUGCAGGAUGCCAACCGCCUAGCAUCAAGUGAUGAUGUGGGGCAUGAUGAAUAUUCCACUCUAGCCCUGGUUAAAAAGCACAGGGAUCUCUUAGAUGAAGUGGCCAACAACAAGAGAGUCAUGGACAAUCUGAUCAAGCAAACACAGAGCUUUCCUCCUGAGUUCCAGGACGACCCAGGAUGUGAGAACAGGCGGAAGACCAUCCAGGCAAUGUUCAAUGAGGUUGUAUCCCUAGCAGAUCUGCGCAGGCAGAAGCUACAGGAUGCCCUUGAUCUCUACACAGUUUUUAGUGAGACUGAUGCUUGUGAACUUUGGAUGAGUGAAAAAGAAAAGUGGUUGGAGCAAAUGGAGAUUCCUGAUACUCUUGAAGAUCUGGAUGUUGUGCAGCACAGGUUUGAUAUUUUGGAGCAGGAAAUCAACAAUCUGGCUUCUCAGAUUCAAGGGGUCAAUAGGACUGCCUUUGGCUUAAUAGAAAGUGGACAUCCACGCAGUGGCAAAGUAAGGCAGUGCCAAGACCAUCUCAAUGCCAGGUGGAAAGUCUUUCAGGAGAUGGUAGCUCAGAGGCGGAGAGCUGUGGACUUUGCCCUUAGUCUCCGUAAUUACUGUGUGGAUUGUGAGGAGACGAAGAAAUGGAUCCUAGAAAAAACUAAAGUCAUUGAAUCUACACAAGACCUUGGUAAAAACCUGGCAGGCAUGAUUGCAAUGCAGAGGAAGUUAUAUGGCAUUGAACGUGACCUAGCUGCUAUCCAAGCUCGGCUUGCAGCCCUGCAGCAGGAAGCACACCGGCUUGCUGAGGAACAGCCUGACCUGACUGAUGACAUCUUCAGUCGAUUGACAGCUGUCACUGGAGUUUGGCUUGACCUUCAGAACAUCCUACAGAGCCAGGAGACUUCCCUUGGAGAGGCCAGCAAAUUGCACAAGUUUUUGCAGGAUUUGGAUGACUUCCAGGCAUGGCUCUUCAAGGCGCAGAAAGCUGUUGCUUCAGAAGAGGUGCCCAACUCCCUGACAGAAGCUGAGCACCUCCUGCAACAGCAUGCUGCCAUUAAGGAAGAAAUUGAUCAGCACAGGGAUGACUACAGCCAAGUCAAGGAGAUAGGGAAUAGAGUGACCCAAGGGCAGACAGACCUAGAGUAUCAACAGCUGGAACAGCGGCUCCAGGGCAUGGAUACUGGCUGGAAUGCUUUAUGUAAAAUGUGGGAAAGCCGGGAGAAAUUCCUCAACCAGUGCCUUGGCUUCCAGGAAUUUCUUAAAGAUGCAAAGCAAGCAGAAAUUAUUCUUAACAGUCAGGAAUAUACUCUGGCUCACAUCGAGCCCCCAGACACCUUGGAAGCAUCAGAAGCUGCUAUCCGAAAAUAUGAAGAUUUCCUCAUGACCAUGGAAGCAAAUGAGGAAAAAAUUACUGGGUUGGUGGGCAGUGGGAACAAGCUUGUGGCGGAAGGAAAUAUUUACUCUGAUAAAAUUAAGGAAAAAGUUCAGCAGAUUCAAGAAAGGUACAGAACAAAUGUCAAAAAAUCUCAGGAGGCAUUUGUGUUGCUGAAGGAUAAUCAUGACUUGCGCUGUUUCCUGCGGAAUUGUCAAGAGCUUACUGCCUGGAUUGAAGAGAAGAUGCUCACUGCUCAAGGCACAUCCUAUGACAAAGCACGGAAUUUGCAUAGCAAAUGGCUAAAGCACCAGGCUUUUAUGGCAGAGCUCGCUUCUAACCAAGGGUGGUUAGAGAAGGUAGAUGAAGAAGGACAGCAGCUGGCAGAGCAGAAGCCUCAGUAUAAAGAUGUUGUUCACCAGAGGCUUGUAGAGCUGCACCAACUUUGGGACAAGCUGCAGGAAACCACUAAGGAGAAGGCUCAGCAUCUGUUUGAUGCCAAUCGCUCUGACCUUUAUGCACAGAGCUAUGCUGAUCUUGAAGCAUGGAUCAGUGAAAUAGAGGAGCAGUUGAAAUCUGAUGUCCAGGGGAAAGAUCGCACCAGUAUCAACAUCCGACUAAAAAACCUGAAACGACUGGAAGAACAAGUAAGUGUGCGGAAAAAAGAGAUGGAAGACUUGCUUUCUCACACUCCUCCAACCAGAGGAGACAUGCACGAAUUGAAUGGCAAGCACAAGAUCAUUGAGAGGAGGUUCCAGGAACUCUUGGAACCAUUAAGUAAGAAGAGGAAGGAACUGGAAACAGCUAAGGCUAGAUACCAAUUGAACCGGGAUCUGGCAGAUGAACUGCUUUGGGUACAAGAACGUCUUCCCCUUGCUCAGUCCACUGACCAUGGCACAAACCUCCUGUCAGUACAGCUACUUAUGAAAAAAAACCAGACACUUCAGAAAGAAAUUGCUGGCCAUGCCCCUCGCAUUGAGGAUGUGCUUUCCAGAGGAGAGGACAUGCUAGCUGGAGCAGACAGGGAUGGGGACUUCAGAGAUACUGAAGAGCACCUCAAGGAGCUGCGGGAUUCCUGGAACACUUUACAGAAAGAAACAUCAAAGAGGUUGCAGCGCCUGGAAGAAGCAAGUGAGGCUCAGCGAUAUUACUUGGAUGCUGGGGAAGUAGAGGCCUGGAUAAGUGAGCAGGAACUCUACAUGGUAACAGAUGAGAAGCCAAAGGAUGAAGAGAGUGGUAUUGUGAUGCUGAAAAGACACCUGCGUCAGCAGCGGUCCAUAGAAGACUAUGGAAAAAACAUCAAGCAGCUAGCUGGUCGGGCUCAGAAGUUGCUGUCAGCUGGCCACCCAGAAGGGGAGGAGAUCAUCCGGUUGCAGGGGCAAGUAGAUAAGCAAUAUGCAGUCCUGAAAGACUUGGCUGAGGAACGCAGACGUAAGCUGGAGCACAUGUGCCACCUCUUCAAGCUGAAGCGAGAAGUCGAUGAUCUGGAGCAGUGGAUUGCAGAACGAGAUGUUGUGGCAUCAUCCCCAGAGAUGGGGCAAGACCUCGACCAUGUUACUCUGCUGAGGGAAAAAUUCCGUGAUUUCGCCCGGGAAACAGGAAACAUUGGGCAGGAACGUGUGGACAGCGUCAACUUCAUAAUCGAGCAGCUCAUUGAUGCCGGCCAUCCAGAGGCUGCCACAAUUGCGGAGUGGAAGGACAGUCUCAAUGAUAGCUGGGCUGACCUCUUAGAGUUGAUUGAUACCAGGAUGCAGCUGCUAGCUGCCUCCUAUGACUUGUACAAAUUCUUCUACGAUGGUGGCGAGAUCCUAAGUUUUAUCGAGGAGAAGCACAAGGAGCUGCCUGAGGAGCUGGGCCGGGAUGUGAGCACAGCAGAGUCUUUCCACAGGAUGCACACAGCUUUUGAGCGAGAUAUCCACUCGUUGGGAGUGCAGGUCCAAAAUUUCCAGGAGGUGGCAGCACGUCUGCAGGCAGCUUAUGCUGGGGAAAAGGCAGUCACUAUCCAGAAGCAAGAGCAGGAGGUGGUGAAAGCCUGGAAGGCUCUCCUCAGUGCUUGUGAGGGGCGGCGGGCUCAACUGGUUGAUACAGCAGAGAAGUUCCGUUUCUUCAGUAUGGUCCGGGACCUCAUCUCUUGGAUGGAGAGUGUGAUCCGGCAGAUUGAAACCCAGGAGAAACCUAGGGAUGUUUCCUCUGUGGAGCUUCUGAUGAAAUACCAUCAGAGCAUAAAAUCUGAAAUAGAUACCAGGGACAAAAAUUUCACCACCUGCAUUGAUCUUGGCAAAGCUUUGCUGCAGCGCAAACACCAUGCUGCUACAGAGAUCCUAGAGAAGCUGGAGCAGCUGACAGAGAAGAGGAGAGAGAUGGUAGAAAAGUGGGACAGGCGCUGGGACUGGCUUCGGUUGUUGCUGGAGGUGUGUCAGUUUUCCCGAGAUGCCUCAGUGGCUGAAGCAUGGCUCAUUGCCAAGGAACCGUAUCUGUCCAGUGGUGAUUAUGGGCAAACUGUGGAUGGUGUGGAGAAACUACUAAAAAGGCACGAGGCCUUUGAGAAAUCCACCACCACGUGGGAGGAGCGUUUUGCUGCACUGGAGCGUUUGACCACACUUGAAUUACUAGGGAAGAGAAAGAUCCUAGAGGAGCCUUCACAGCACAAAGUAGCUAGGACCACAGACCUGAAGUUUCACUUUGAACCAGAGCCAGAUCAUGAGACAGGGCCUAAGGAAGAGAGUGAGAAGAAAGUAGGGCUGAGUUUAGAAGAUGCCCUUUCCCCUGCUGCCAAAGACUCAUCACUGCAGGUGCAAGAAAAUGAGGAACUGGGUCAUGAAACAGCCCCAGAAGAGCUUUCUGAAGAAAAACUGCCUGAAACAGAGAUCAAAGUGGACCAUGAAGAAACAUCCACCAAGGAAUCGCUAUUCAAAGUGGCCCAGACCCCUGUGAGCGAGAUUGACGAGACAGCGACCCUUCCUGCACAGCUGGAUAGAUCUCACAGUGUACAACUUGAGGGUUACCUGGGGCGGAAGCAUGAUCUAGAGGCACCUAACAAGAGGGCUUCAAACAGGUCUUGGAAUACAUUGUACUGCGUGCUCAGGAACAGUGAGCUGACCUUCUAUAAGGAUGCCAAGAGCUUGGCCUUGGGUGUGCCUUACCAUGGAGAGGAGCCUUUCCGGCUGAAGAAUGCCUUCUGUGAAGUAGCUGCAGAUUACAAGAAGAAGAAACAUGUCUUCAAGUUGAGACUCAGCAAUGGGAGUGAAUGGCUCUUCCAUGGCAAAGAUGAGGAUGAGAUGCACACCUGGCUUCAGGGCUUCAGCACAGCAAUAAUCGAAUCCCAAAGCAUUAAAACCAAGGCCCAAAGCCUGCCUUUGCCUUCCAUCACUACCAUGGAUGUGAGUCUGACCAAGAAAGACAAAGAGAAGAGAUUCAGCUUCUUUCCCAAAAAGAAAUAGCCAAACUGUGGCUUGCCCCAGUCAGAUGCCAAUGGUCCGGUGCGCAUAAUGGGAAAAACUGCAUGUGUGAGUGUCCCUGGGCACUCCUAGCACCACUCAACACUGUUCUCGUCUCCUCAACACACAGCCUUGCUUCUCAUUGUCCACACCCCCGUAUCUUCCCAAAGAUUCAGGUCAGAGAGCAACAUCCAUGCUCUGAGACAACCAGUGUUCUCCAAAGCAAAGCUCUAAGAUGAGGCUCCUCAGGCUCACUGGACAGGCUGAGUCCAACAAGACUGAACUUGCAUGUGAUGCUUUGUAGGCUCAGGUGGUCACCUCUCUGAAAAAGAACUGCUUCAGGAGAAAAAUGUUUUGUAUGGAUUUCAGGGACUUCUUAUAGGGAAAAGGAAAGGAACAGGGACCCAGCCAGGUCAAACGGGACUUGAAGAAAACCAUUUAAGCUCAGUGUUUGGUUUUGGAGCAGCUCCCCCCCUGCAGCGGAGCUGGAACAUGUGUCUCCACGUCUCUACCAAAAGUCAAUUCCCAUAGCUGCUUUCCCUGUCUUGUGUUGAUAUCUCUCACACGGAACUUCACAGUCAUCGCCAAAUCAUAAGUGAAAAGUCUCUCUCUCUCAGAAGAACACAAGCAGCAUGUGCUGAGGCAGCUUCUGACUUGUUUCAGCACUCAUGCUGGAAGUCAGGUUUCAGAAGACCAGGCCCUCCUCUGUGUUAGGAGGUGUAACAUACACACACAUGCACAGUUCCAGGCCACAAAGCACAGCACUCUCCAAAGUGUUUGAUCCGGCAUCCACCAAACUGGUGACACUAUCCCUGCUGAUGCUGACGGAUCAGGAUUGCAACCAAAGUGGAGAGUAUCACUCAUGUUCAGACUUCUGCACUAUGCUGGUUAGAAAGAUACUUUAGAAAAACCCAUCUGGGAGAGAGGAACUAGACUCACCUGCUAUAAACACUAAGAGCACAACCCAGCUAAAGUUAAUUGCAGCCAGGUCCCGCUGGGACUCCCGCCCCAUUGAUUUCAGUGGGAUUUCGCUGCAGUCAACUUUUGCAGCAUUGCAAUUGAUAAGGCUGGAUUCAUCCUCUUAUUUAUGCGGGGGUCUACUGUGUGACUUGCCUGAAUGUUGGUGCCCUGCCCUGCCCUCCCCUCCGCUUUUUGAAAACAUCUGUUCCGUAUUGGCUCAGCCCUCCAGAAGCAAAUGGCUCCUCCGUUGUUCCCUUAGAGGGCACACUGUGCCUGAGCAUGGCCUUUGGCGAUUUGUAGCACUGCUUGCACUUCUCUAGAAUAGAGUGGCUUCCUGAGUCGCUGAAAAUGCAAUGCUGGCCACCGCCGCUCCCUUCCGCAGAGACUUCUCUGCCUGCGAUAUCUGCGUGAAUGGCUGUUCAAACACACACACACAGAGCCUGAUUUUAAGAAGGCCACAAACCCCUUCCUCAAAGGCAGGAAUUCAGGGGCAAACAGCAGAUCAGCCAAAUCGCUUUUCUAAACUUAUUUUUGGGGAGCUAAAGGCCUAUCAUGAAGAGGAGCCAAGAGAUCACCUUUUCCUGCAGCAGCCUUUUCGUAGCGAUGAUCAUGCUGACCAGGGGUUUUAAGGGUUCUUACCAUAGCCAACUCCCACUGUUCACGUGUCUGUUGAGCAUCCUGGAUGCUCAUGGGCUCAUGGGUGAGUCCAUCUCAUUUUCAUUGUGGAUGCCAUAAACCAUACUGAAAGUGCCUUAACCCAGGGGCAUCCCCUCAUUAACACUUCAGGAGCAAGCAGGCUCAACAAACACCAUGCACAGAACAGUUUGGAUUCGCCUCACGGCAGAGAAGCUAUAAACCAUCUCUUGAUGCAAGGGACACCCUUGGGGAUUCCCAGGGGCUCAACUUCACCACACGCUCAUCAGGCCGCUGUGGGAAAUAAGGGAGGUACCUCUCCGCUUGACACAGGCUGUGGUGAAUGUGGAUCUCGGUGCCGAGAGUGAGGUGUUGCUUUCCGAUCAAGUCUCACAAUGCCACAUUCUGCCAGUUCUCCUGGGCUGUAAUUGGAAGUUGCGUGGGCUCUCUUGCCAGCUGAUGGACAGAUCUGAUUUUCCACAGUGCCACCUUUGAGAAGCUAGAAUGACACUGCAGCAAUACUGUUUCAUUACAGUGCUUGGUUUUGUGGAUACUGGUAGCAUUAACUCCACCCCGUGUUGCUGAGGCAACAUUCCCCCUCUUAGUGCCAUAUUUAAGUGUCACUGCCAUAAAGAAAACUUCCUGCCUACCUUCAGAGGUAGAGCACACACUGAGGCAUCCUUCAGACCAGCUUUUGAUAACUAGAGCUGCAUGGCAGAUUGUACUACAGCUAACUGAUUCUGAAACAGUUAUGCUUUUACUUGCCAAGCAGGAAGAACAACACUGAAAAGUAGAACAGGCAGGGUCACUGGACUUGGCAUCACUGGGUAAACUUAUUAUUCACAGUUGGGGACCUUACAGUAAGAAAGAGCAGGCCCAUAAACAAACUCAAAACAAAUAAUCUGCCCACUUUUAAAAAUCACAAGGAGUUUAGACAGAGAUAGGUGAAACGGCUUGUUGUAACAGCUAGGCUGCCAAUUUGCCACAGGACUGGUGCUACAGAAAACUGGCCCAAUCCUGUGCAGCUAUAAAACCCAUUCAGAUCAAAGAGGUGCUGGGUUGGGCUGUUUGGGUGGGGAGGGGCACCCACACAUGAGGUAACAAACUGAUCUGGAAAAGUGGCUCUUGGUAGAAGGCCUUCCAUCUGGUAGGCAGAUCAGUUUCAAAAUUACAGCAUGAAAAUAAAGCUUGAAGACAGUGUUUGGUCACCUGCUCCAGGAUGGAGAAUCUUGCACCAGGUAUCUUGGAUUCAUGUCAAGCUUAGUUUGGGACCUCUCUGCACCUAUGCAGGAAGCAGCCUCACCUAAACAGGGAGUGCUGUGCCUGGCCUGGCCGCCUUCCCUCAAAGAAGUUCAAGUCUUCUCUCUCAUAAUCAGCACUGAUUAAUGGCACCCUUCAUCUUUCCGUCAUCCUUAAAUUAGUGUGCUCAAAGAGAAGGAUUUCCCCUAUGCUUCCAAUUCAUGCUUAUGGGGAAGAGAAUACCGAUCCACACUAAGUACAGAAUAAAUCAGUUGGGUCACAAAAAAGGGGUUUGAGCUUGGUAUUUCAGUGUGGAAAAAAGCAGCUUGUGUAAAAGUGCAGCUCUCACACCAGGAGAGGCAGCAGUUAAUGAGCAAUCAGGAUUCCAUUAGGGGUUUCAUUUGUUUAGGGGAAAAAUGGAAAAGAAUAAAGCACAUGAGAAUUUGGGGGGGGGGGACUGAAUUGAUUUUUGCAAAGGCCCCUGAGAAAAGAAAUAUUUAUUAAUGUUCUUUAGCCCUUUACAUGUAUUCUAGAUAGCAAGGCCAGCCAUGGAGUCCUUUCUUGGAGGAUAUGGCCACCUAUCAUUCUUGAGUUUGACGUACGGUGCGAUGCUCCUUUUCAGGAAACUAAAAACAUAAAAGUUAGGCUAAAAUACUCUUCUAUUCCUCUUGUAUGACCAUCGCCCUGCACUGGAAUAUGUGUUAACAGGAAGUUGCUGUAUAUCCCCCUUAAAGUUUUUACUAUCUUGUUUCUCUUAACCAACUAUGGGCUGUGCUCCCAGACCCAUUCGGAAAUUUGGUCUCAGCCUGGCAAGUGACAAGCACUCUUGUCUGUGUGCCACUAUGUUUUACUGCGUUGUACUUCCACCCAUUACCCAGCAGGAACCAUUUGCUGUCUGGCGACUUGCAGCCUCACCCUGCCUGGCUCCAGCUCUCCCUUCUCCGUAGGCUUGAUCUGCAAAGCAAUGACACUUCUGUUAGGCUGCUCUUCCAUCAAGCUUAGCUCUCCAAGACCCCACUGAUACAGAGGUCGGGCUGUGUUAGACGGGAGCUUCACAUCACCAGGCCCAGAACAGAGUUUGCUUCAGAGUAGCAAGGGCUGUUUCUGGGCGGUCGAGAGAGCAGCAGAAGUAGCCCAGGAACUCUCCUACAAGUUCAUGGGGUUGGGGUUAAUACUCUUUUAACAGCUAGGCACCAAGUUCCACCUGCUCCAAUGUGCUUCCACUGUCCAGAGAAAAAGAGCUAAAGCUUCAGAAUGUGCUUCAGAAGCAAUUUAAUAACAUUUUUAAAAUAAACAAUAAACAAAC